CGCCGACCUUCAGCACUACUCGAACCCUUUGGCAUAAUGGACUAUUCUUCGGCCAUAGCCAACGAUGCGGGAGGCUCCCCAUGGGCCUCGUCGCCGCAACAUGACCGCUCCAAUUUUCCCCAAUCCAACAACCACGAUGUGCCGCCUAACAACUCGCUGUCGCACCAGCCCCCGGCUCCUGACGGCGACGACUCCUACCGGCAAGAAAACAAUCAAUUACCUCCCCAAUCAAACCACUAUCCCUCGCAACAGCCUCAGGCCCAGUCCCACGACCACUCGACUCGCUCAGAGCCGCAGCGAUACCACCACGCCCGCCCGCAACAUCCCCCUCAGCAGGCCAGCCACCAACAGCCACCACAGAACUACCAGCAACAACAACAGCAGCAACAGCAACAGCCGCAGCAACCACGAAAACAGUACAAGCUCCAGGCAAAGAUCACCGCCUUGGAGCGUACCGGUCGCAAGGAUCCAGUCUUGCGCUUCGAUGUCUAUACCAACCUGCCCAAGUUCCGCACUACCCAGUUCCGCGAUGUACGACGCACCCACUCCGAGUUUGUCAAGUUUGCCGACCACUUGAUCUCAUCGAACCCGGAUGCCUUUGUGCCUGCCGUUCCUCCUCCGCUCACUGCUGCUGGUGUUGGUACUGAAGAGGAUGAGGUUCGCGUCAAGGCCUCGAUGCAGCGCUGGCUGAACACCGUAUGCUCCAACCACGUACUCAUGCGUGAUGAGGAGAUGGUCUUCUUCGUCGAGAGCGACUUCGGCUACAGCCCUGUCGUCAGGCGCAAGCAACCUGCCACUGGUGUUCGUCGCAAGUACAUUAAGCAAUUUGCUCCUCCUCCGGAUGACACCCCCGAGCUUCUCGAAGCCCGCCCCAUCGUCAAGUCCUUCUAUCUUGGUACUAUGGAUCUUGGUCAGAAGGUCGACAAGGUGGUCAAAUCGCGAAGAGCUCUCGGUCUGGCAGAAUCAGAUUUCGGUGUCAAGAUGGGCCACAUGCAGGUUCAGGAAACACAUCCGGGCUUAGCCAAUGCCUACAAGAAGCUAGGCAAAGUCAUCCAGGCCGUUGGCGACUUUCACGCUGCACAGGGUACCGCUGAGGCAACUACACUGGCCGAUCCUCUCCAAUACCACUCCAGCGAUGCCUUCAUCGUCAAAGAGACUCUCACCAAUCGUCACAUCCUCCUACGCGAGCUCAUUCAAGCCCAACAGUCGACCCGCAGCAAAACCACCGCCGUCGAUCGUCUGAAGGCUUCCUCCUCCGUCAAACGCGAAAAGGUCGACGAAGCCUUUGCCUCCCUAGACGAAGCCCGAUCGCACGAGGCCCAGCUCAAGGAAAAGACCGAUCGCGUAACCUCGAACCUCGUCCACGAACGUCGCGCAUGGGCCGCCCGCACAACCUCUGACCUCCGCGCUGCCAUCCGCGAAUAUGUCAUGCGUGAAAUCGAAGCUGAACGCCGCACCCUAGCGACCCUCGAGCAAGUCCGCCCCGACGUCCGCAACAUUGACGCCUCGGGCGGUCUUUCCCGCCUGGGUCGCGAAGCCCAUCCUAUAGUCCGCCGCACCAGUCUUGCGAGCAGCCAGGGUCCCAAGGGAGACGCGUGGAGUGGUGUACAACGCAGACCGGACGGCCUGAACCGUAGUAUCAGUGGCAGUUUCGUCGGCACUGGCACCGUUCCCGAAGAUGCAGAAGCCGAGCAAGCUGAAGAAGCCACAACGGGCAGAAAGCGAGCCACUAGUAGCGCGAGCAGUCUGGGUCGUGUGGAUGAGGAUGAUGAAGAUAGAAUCGAUGCAAAGAAUGCUGCCAGCCGACUUGCACAGACGACGUUUUAGACGGGCGGUGUGUCUUGAUUGCAAGGGCAGGCGAGUAUAGUGUGGGUUUUGGUGUAUACGACGUAUGAUCGUCUCCCUCUUACCUCCCCCUUUUGUAGAUGUAGUAAAUGUCCCGAAAUUUCCCUCAUGUUUCUUGUUCGUCUCAAGUAUUGGA